GUCCGGCCCUGGAGAGAGCGAGGUUAGCUUGGUGUGCUCCCGGACGUCUCCUCUUCUCCACUUUAGUUCAUCUUUACAUGUUUCAUGUGCUGACUUUUCAGUUUUUUUGCGUGUUUUAAGUUCUCGUGUAGAUUCUCAGGACAGCACCAUUUAGGCCUCACCUCUGGAGGGACAUUGACACUAAGCCAUGCAUCUGCCUUCACCUGUGCUGCUGUUCCUCACCCUGCUGGUGUGGGGCUCCUCAUCGUGGGCAGGGAAAGUCAUUGUGGUCCCGCCUAUCAUGUUUGAGUCGCACCUGUACAUCUUCAAGACUUUAGCCACGGCUCUGCACCAAGAGGGCCAUGAGACGCACUUCUUGGUAUCAGAAGGUCGAGAGAUCCCACCCUCACCUUACUACCAUUUACAGCGCUACCCAGGGAUUUUUAACAGCAGCUCUGCAGACUCUUUCCUCCAGUCCAAAGUCAACAACAUCUUCUCUGGUCGCUUGACUUUCCUGGAGCUCUUUGACAUCCUGGAUCACUACUCUCAGAACUGUGACGCUGUGGUGGGCAGUGUGGAGGUCAUGACCCGCCUCAAAGAAGCCCAAUUUGACCUGCUGCUGGUGGACCCCAAUGAGAUGUGUGGGUUUGUGAUCGCUCACAUCCUGGGGGUUCAGUAUGCUGUCUUUGGAACAGGCCUGUGGUAUCCUGCAGAGGCGGGCGCCCCAGCUCCUCUCUCCUAUGUCCCAGAAUUCAACUCUCUGCUCACAGACCGCAUGACAUUACUGGAGCGAAUCACCAACACUGCUGUUUACCUGGUGCAGCGCAUCGGUGUCCAGUACAUAGCUCUUCCAAAGUAUGACCGUAUCAUGAAGAAAUAUGGCGUCCAGCCUCAGGUGGCCAUGACCGACCUGGUGCAGGGCAGUCGGCUGUGGAUGCUGUGCACUGACUUGGCUCUAGAGUUCCCCCGGCCCACCCUGCCACACGUGGUCUACAUCGGAGGUAUCCUCACCAAGCCACCCAGCCCCCUGCCCGAGGAUUUCGAGGCCUGGGUGAAUGACACUGCGGAGCAUGGCUUUGUGGUGGUGUCUUUUGGAGCUGGGGUGAAGUACCUUUCCCAUGACAUUGCACACAAACUGGCUGGAGCUCUGGCCCGACUGCCACAGCGUGUGGUUUGGAGAUUCUCUGGAGUCCCACCUCGUAACCUUGGCAACAACACCAAGCUGGUAGACUGGAUGCCUCAGAAUGACCUUUUAGGCCAUGCCAACACCAGGGCUUUUCUGAGCCACGGUGGUCUCAACAGCAUCUACGAGGCCAUGUACCAUGGGGUCCCUGUGGUGGGCGUCCCUCUGUUUGGAGACCACUAUGACACAAUGACACGAGUAGCGGCCAAAGGCAUGGGCAUCAUGCUGCACUGGAAGUCAAUGAGUGAAGAUGACCUGUACACCGCACUCACAAGUGUCAUCAAAGAUUCCAAGUACCGUGAGCAGGCGCGCCUCCUCUCCAUCAUUCACAAGGACCAGCCCGGCCACCCGGUCACCAGGGCUGUAUACUGGAUCUGCUACAUCCUGCGGCACAACGGGGCCAAUCACCUCCGCGCCGCUGUGUAUGAUGUGUCUGUGUACCAGUACUUCCUCUUAGAUGUGGUCCUCACUGUAGGCGCUGCGGGAACAUUCCUCAUAUUUGCACUGUCCCGAAUAAGCCGACUUCUGAGGGGAAAAGCCACACAUGUGAAGAGAAGAGGAGCUGGUGCCAGUGGAGAGGAAAGUUUGAUGAAUGGACACUGCCACAGUGAAACACUGGUCAACGGCAAACACAAACGUAAUGGUUCCAUAAAAAGUGAAAAGAAGAGCAAUUAAUACUUCAGUCGGCCACGAGGAGCGGGGAGGACGUGGCCCAAAGACACUGCUCUAGCGUUGCUUUAAUGGUUUGCAAAAAGUUUGAAGACAAAACUGCAGUUCAAAUCUCUGCAUCAAAAGGUCUCUGCUCCUCCUAAAUGUCAUCCUGUAGGAUGCAGUGCUUUGUGAGGUCUGUGGAUUUGUGAGUGAGACAAAAUAAACCUUAACAGCAGCAGCUACAGCUCCACAAAACUAAUUAGGAAAGUUGCUGAGGAUACAACACAUUGGAGAAAACGGUGUCUGCACUUUCUCUCUGACAGCUUCCCUGAUGUCUUCUUGUUUCCUCACAGAGGAGGCAAGUUCAGAGCGCCAAUUUUCUUUCAUCAGAAUUAAAAGUAUAACUGGAAUCCUUUGAAUUUUAACUUAAUUUAAACCGCAAACACUGUUUCAGAUCAGUAGAUGGCACAUUGUAAAUAGAGGUUAAAUCUAUUUAUUAUUUCUGUACAAAGUCUUUCUUGCUUAUUCUUUUUAAAAAUAAUUUAUUUUGUUUUCUCAGUUGUUAUGGCAGUACAUGCCCACCUCUCAGUUAAGGUUAGCAUUGUUGUGUUCUGUUAUUGAGAGCAGCAGCUAGAGCACAUAGAUCCACAGUAUUCAUGGUGCACGGUGGUCCUCAUUUCAAUUUGAAUUAUCUUGUAAUAAAGAAAUAUUUUUCACACAGUGACUGCAUUCUAGUCAGAAAAACUAGGUUUGGCCCUUUACUGUGAACAUUGUUGGAUUGUAUUGUGUUCAUCGGAUGAUGGGAAGGCACUAACUACCACGGAUACUGUGGAUUUCUACAACCAAAACAAAAUGAUCUUGAAACUGAAGCCAUUUUAAUAUCCUCUAACACUCUAUUUUCUAAUUAGCACAUCACUUGAUUGCCAUUGUCAUGGUUAUUUGUUUUGUUGCAAGUGUUAAAUUAAACUGAAGUAAGACUUGUUGGAGUAAAUAAUUUCAGAUUUGAAUGAGGGUGUAAAAUAGUUCAUAAAAAAAUUUUGUAAUGGAAAUUUCUUGAUUCUUAAUGUAUGCCCAAUGAUUUUAGAACAAAUAGAGUAAAUAGUUAGUGCACAGAGUGUAAAUUUUGUUUCAGUGGCUUCACUUGUCUCCUCUCCUGCCAGCAUUAAGAUGCCAUGUGUUAAUUCUUAAUGCAGAUCAAGCAGAGGUGGCAAGCACAGCAAAGAUGCUCCAAUCUCUCGCCAAAUGCAUUGAAGUGGCUGAAAAGAGAUUAUUCAACACCUUGAGCGUGCAUGGCCACCCAAAGGCACACACUCUUCUACAUGAAUAGAUUCAGCUUUCAUACUCUGUGAGCUGUCAAAAUGGCUGAGAACAACCUAACCCAGCUGACACUAAAAGGACUCCACUGCAUACUUGAAUCUUUACCUCACCAUCCUCAAAACAGCUGGGAAUCAAAGGGUUGUUCCCAUCAGUCACUUAAGCUAUGAGCAGAGUCUAGAUAAAGCAGCUUUUUCUCAGUAUUCGUUGUGAGCUCGUAUCCUUUGCUCUCUUACAUGUGAUGUGUAUUUUAUUUCUUUAUCCCUUUAUGAAGCCUUUGAAAGGGCACUGUCUCAUGCAUUUUGUCACCCUGUUUUUACAUUUUGUGUAUUGCGCUGACACAUGUGUUCCCCUUUAGUUCUUUUAUCCUUGUAGUUUUUAAACUUGAUAGCUUUAUUUACCUUUUUUAGAUUUUUAUUUCUAGGUUAUACAAUUCUCCAAAUUGAUUGAUGUAAGAGUCCCAUUGUUGUACAUAGAACAGUGUAAAAAAAAUACUAAUUCUCAAUUAAAAAAACCUUUGCAG